AGUAUUAGCAAAAGUUUUUUGAAGAGAUUAAGCCUCUGCAAAGCAUAUGCCUUCUCUAAACACUUUUAAUAGACCUAGUUGUGCUAUUUUUUUCACUUGUAUUAGUAUCAUUUCAGAGAUAAUAAGAAAGUAAACCACUAGAAGAAUCAAGAAGAGAUUGUUUAAAAAUUGAAAGAUUAUUUUCAAACUGUUCGAAGAGAAAAACGGGAUAACCAUGAAUAUUUAUUUUAUGUAAUUUUUUUUAUAUAGAAUAUAUAUGAAUAAUUCAACUGGUUUAAUAUUUUAUCUUAUCUAAGACAGUAUUGCUCUGACAAAAUAACGAACUAAUCUACGAAUUAAAUACAAGAAGAUGUCUCGCCCAGGGAAUGAAAAAUUUCUUAAUCAAAGCUAUAAUAAACUGAAGAAGAGUCUUAAACAACCGAAUGAGUUGUUCGUUGAUCAAAAAUUUCCUAUGACUUCUAUAUUAAGAAGUUCUAAUCAAAGGAUUGAAUGGAAGAGGCCGAAAGAUAUCUCAAGUAAUCCAAGAAUAUUUGUUGAUAACGGAGUAAUAUCUGUGAAACAAGGAGAAUUGGGCAAUUGUUGGUUUAUGUCGGCUCUUGUAUGUCUAGUUCGCCAUAAAGACUUAUUAAAAAAAGUUAUGCCUCACUUAGAAAUUCAGGAAUGGAAUGCUAAAAAACCAGAAACAUAUAAAGGAAUAUUUAAAUUUUCUUUUUGCAGACUUGGAAAAUGGAUGGAUGUUGUAAUUGAUGAUAGACUACCAACCAGAAACAAUGGAUUAAUCUAUUCGAGAUCCAACAAUAAGAAUGAAUUUUUUAGUUCUCUCGUCGAAAAGGCCUAUGCAAAAUUUCAUGGCGGAUAUUCCGCAAUAGAAUCUGGAACAUUAUCUGAAUCAUUUUCGCACUUGACCGGUGGAAACACUAAAACGAUAACCCUAUCAGAAGUUAUUAGGGGAAAUAAUAAUGAUGAAGUCUUCUACGAAUUAAAAAAAGCUUUCAAGAGUAAAUGUCUCGUAACUGCAUCAAGAGAGGCGAUACAGCAUGCUUACGCUGUUAUUGCUGUUAAAGAGGUGCCUCUUAUGAAGAGAAGUAGGAAAAAGUAUAAAAAUAGUAAAAAACUAAAGAUGAUCUAUCUCCAUAAUCCUUGGGGAGAUGGAAAUAGACAUAGAGAUUCUGGUCUAACAUUUUCUGAUUGGGAUGCCCUUAAUAAAUCUUGGAGAAAGAAGAAUCAAAAAGUUAAUGAUAAUGGUGAAUACUGGGUAUUAUUUGACCUAUUUGUUCAAAGAUUUAGAAGCAUAGCAAUUUGUACGAUAAAAUCGAGUAAGAAGGAACAAGUUUUUCAUUCGUCCUGGAAUAGAAAAUCAAAUACUGUUGGAGGUUGUGUAAAUUCUAGAGAGAGUUUUCCAUUUAAUCCUCAGUUUCUUUUAAAUGUCAAACGAGAAGAGGAGACGAUAGAAUGUUUCUUAACUCAAGAUCACGAACGAAGUGGACGUAAGCCCCUUUUGAGCAUGAAUACCACGGUUGUUAAAGCAGAAGUAAAUAGAAAUUGUAAAUUUCAUUCGUUAAGGAAUCUAAAAGUAAUUAACGAUGGAAGUAAAUUCACCAACCUUGAGACGACCUUUAAUGAAUAUACGCUAAAAAAGGGAACUUAUAUACUGGUGCCAUCUACCUACGAAAGAGGAAGAGAAGGGAAAUUUUCAUUAAAAAUAAUCGGAAAUGUUCAAGUGAAAGAACUUUUAAGAGAUACACCGAAAAGUAAAUUAUCAUUUCCAUUAUCCUUAUUUCAAAGUUCGAAAGGCUUCUCAGUCGUUACCAGUAUUAAGAUAAAUCAUAUAGAUUUUAAGGAGUCUAAAGAUAAUGAGAAAUAUACGGUUAAGUUCAGGUGCGAGAAUAAAACGAUUCUAUGCGAUUAUAGUGAAAAUGAGGGGAUUAGCGUAGUAUUCUAUAGGAAAAAAGAAGAUGUCCCAAUUACCCUGGAAAUUUAUUCUAAAGGCUUACUAGGUCAAAAACAACUAGGAAAGGCUUUUUUUAACAAGAAUCUAGAAUCUAUUGCUAAUCAGGUCUUCACCGAACCCAUUGAAGGAUCUAGGGUUGGAACGAUUAGAUUAAUAGUCAAUCAAUCGACUAAUCUAAACGCUUUAUGA